GCAGAAUAUGGUGGUCGAUGCUACCCUGUGGCUUUCGUUUUUCUCCCUUCCCCCCUCUUGCUCUCGCUCUCCUCCUGCACUAAUCAUCUCCCCUCAUUUUUCUACGAGUUUAUCAUUUCGUCAAAGCAUGUAUAAUGUCAUUGACUUCUGCUUUUGGCCAGAUGACAACUUUGAUGGCUCUUUACAGGUUCUCAUUAUGAAGUCCAGACCGGGGGGGUGGUCCCUAACGAAAUCCUAUCCUGGGCUGCCCCUCCAUCUCCAACGUGUCUCAAAGCCACCGCCUUUCAUGGCCACGCACGAACCCCCCUCCUUCAUCCUUUUCCCAGGCUAAGUACUCUAGAUCCCAUGUGGCGUAAACCGUCUUAUAGUUUCUCUUCCCUUUCAUCUCCUUUUAACAUACAUGCAAUUUUUGUUUUUGGCGUUUGGCGUUUGGCUUUACCACGCGGGGAAUGGGGGCUUUGCCAGCGACAGCCGGGCAGCCCGAGACAGCGGGUGGAGGCGCAGCGCCAAAAUAUAGUAAGAGAGAUUGGUAGCGAAGAAUGCCAUGUCCAUUUUUUUUUUUUGGAACGAAAAUCUCAUC